ACUUGAUACAGAAAAGUACUUCUCCCAUAAGAAGUCUUUAUGCUUUUCCAGCCUGUGUAUAAUGUUUUGAGAAGGAAAAUCUGGGGCAUAAUCACAUAGGUCCUUUCCAGACUACCUCAUUUGCCUUCUCUCCCUGCCAUGCUUCCAGAACCUUCUGUUCAUUGUCAACAGCAUACAGGAAUGAGAGGAUCUCUGAAGCUGGUGUCAUUUCAUGAUGUUGCUGUGCGUUUCAGCUGGGAGGAGUGGCAGCACCUGGAUCUUGCUCAGAGGACCCUAUAUAGAGAUGUAAUGCUGGAGACCUACAGCAACCUUGUGUUCUUAAGGCACUGUGCUCCUAAACCUAAAUUGAUUGUCAAGCUGGAGCAAGGUGCAGAACCAUGGAGAAGAGAAGCCUCAGACAAGAAUCUCACAGAACAUUCUGUUCAUUGUCAACAGCAAGAAAGAACGAAAGAAUUUCUGAAGCUGAUGUCAUUUGAUGAUGUGGUUGUGGACUUCAGCUGGGAGGAGUGGCAACACCUGGGUAUUGCUCAGAGGACCCUCUAUAGAGAUGUAAUGCUAGAGACCUACAGCAACAUGGUGUCCUUGGGGCACCAUAUUCCUAAGCCUAACUUGAUUGUCAAGCUGGAGCAAGGUGUAGAACCAUGGAGACGAGAAGACUCAGACAAGAAUCUCACAGAUGUCCAAGCAAUGGAGGAUGUGACUUCCUGCCAGGAAAGUCCAGAUGAAUAUCUAUGUGAAGUAUCAGUCACAAAUAGUAACACAGUGGAAGAAAGAAUGAGAUUAGUAACAACUUCUAAUUUGAGCUCAAAAGAUAAACUAGAGCUGAUUAGGAAUAAUGGGAACUCUUUAGGGAUGAGGACUGAGGUGUUCAUUGAGUAUCAGAACAUGCUUCCCUAUGGUGAACUUGAUGAGGUGCAUGUUGCAUAUAAGCCUCCUGACCAAUCCCUCAGAUAUUUAGAUCAUUUUAGUCAAAAGGAUGAGAGUCCAGAUGAGCUGCAGUAUUUUGAACAUAGUGGAAAAAGGAAGGUAUUAAACUCAGAGAUCAUAUUCUUUAGCCGUAAUUGGGUUCAUGUGAGAGAACCCUCCUGUAAAUAUAAUGAAUAUAGAGAAGAUUAUAAUAAGUCUACAUUCCUUGCACAAGGAGUACAUCAGGGAGGGAAAACCACACCUGAAUGUGCUGCAUAUGGAAAUUUGUUCUACUUAAGACCUAUAGUCAGUACACAUCAGAAAAUGUACAAGGGAGACGAUCCUUGUACUUGUAGUGAAUGUGAGAAAUCUUUCAGGAAGAAAAUACACCUUACAAAACCUCAGAGCAAAUAUCCAGAGGAGAAAUCCAAUGAGUAUAUCCAGUGUGCAAAAUCUACCUCUCAAAAGUCAAACCUGACUUUCCAACCUCAAACACCCAUAGAAGACAAACCUUAUGAACAUGAGGAAUGCAGGAAAUUUCAGAAGUCAGCUCUCAGCAGGCAUCAGAGAGCUUACAUGGAAAAGGAACCUUAUGAAUGCAACCAAUGUGGCAAAUCUUUUACCUGUAAGAAACAUCUUGAUGUUCAUCAGAGAAUACACAUAGGAGAGAAACAUUACGAAUAUAAGAAAUGUGAAAAGUCCUUCACCCAGAAGUCACAGAUCAACAGACAAAAGUUAUGUCACACAGCAGAGAAAUUAUUUGAAUGUAACAAAUGUGGAAAGUCUUUCACACGGAAGUCACACCUCACUUCGCAUCAGAUAACACACACAGGAGAGAGACCUUAUGAAUGCAACCAAUGUGGAAAGCUUUUCAGGUGGAAGUCAAACCUCACUUUGCAUCAGAGUACACACACAGGAGAGAAACCUUAUGAAUGCAACCAAUGUGGAAGAUCUUUCAGAAUCAAGUCACACCUCACUUCACAUCAGAGAACACACACAGGAGAGAAACCUUAUGAAUGCAACAAAUGCGGAAAGUCUUUCAGAAGGAAGUCACAUCUCACUUCACAUCAGAGAACACACACAGGAGGAAAACGUUAUGGAUGUAACACGAGUGGGAAGUCUUUCAGAGGCAAGUCAGACCUCAUUUUGCAUCAGAGAACACACACAGGAUAGAAGCCUUAUGAAUGUAGCAAAUGUGGAAAGUCUUUCAUAAGGAAGUCAUUCAUCCCUUUGCAUGAGGGAACACACAUAGGAGAGAAGCCUUGUCAAUGUAACAAGUGUGGAAUGUCUUUCAGAAAAGAAGUCAUACCUCACUUUGCAUCAGAGAACACACACAGGAAAAAAACCUUAUGAACAUAACAAAUGUGGAAUGACUUUCAAGUGGAGAUCAGAUCUCGGCAGACGUAACAGAAUUCACACUGGUGAGAACCCUUAUGAAAGUAACAAAUGUGGAAAGUCUUUCCCCUGAAAGAUAUAUCUCAGUGAUCAUCAGCGAAGUGACUCACCUAGGAGAAAAGAAAACUAAUGAAUAUAGCAUAUGUGCAAUGGCCUUUAAUGAGAAAUCAGUCCCCAGUGUAUCCAAAAACCUACACAGGAGAGUAUAGUAAAUGUAUAAAAAACACUUUUCCAGAAUCACAUCUUUACAGGUAUCAGAGACCUGGACCCAUGACAGAAUCUCUGUGAAAGUAACUGUUAGAGGAGUUUGGUCAACCAGCAGUCAACUGAUUCAUGGCAGAGGUAAGCUAGGUUUAAUGGGAAACUAUUCUUUACACUCUGGUAGUCAGUGACCCAACAUUUCUCUUUCUCUCAUUGUGUUGCGUGGGGAUGAUGUAGCUGCAUUAUUUAAAGGAUUUGGACACAGUAAUAGACAUUCACUACUUCCAGGCUUGCACAGUAAUUAAGAGAGUGAAGUCUUUUAUAAGAAGGAAUGGUUUUUCACAGUAAUUUUAUAAGCUCUUCUCAGAAAUAAGAGCUGCAGGCCUUUUGGGCUGGAGUCAGAUCAUCUACAAGGUGUUUUGUGGAGUAAUACACUAAAAAAAAAAAACUUUCCA